UUAAAUACCUUUUAUAAAUUAGUUAUUGUGAAAUUUGAUCAUACUGGUGCCGAUUAAAGUAUCGUUUUUAAUCUAUAAGUACAGAGUGCCAUGGAUAUGAACAAAGAGAAUAUUUCAAUAAAAAACUCUGGUGAUAGACCGAGAUACCAAUCAACUGAUUCAAAAGAAUCAAAAUAUGAAUCAAGAGUUAUUAUUAAUAUGGAUGCCAAUGAGAAAAACAUUAAAAAUCUGAAAAAUAAUCUCCAAAAAGCUGUGGAGAGCCCAGUGUUAGAAGAGGGCGGAAGCAUGUUCCCCGGCAGUUCGUCGUGUUGCGGCAACUGUCCCGAGGGUUUGACAUGCAGCCUGGUCUAUGCCAUAUUUGCCGCCGUACUUGGAAUGAUCAAUUUUGGAUAUAAUACUGGUGUCAUCAAUGCUCCUCAGCUGGUCAUCAAGCAAUUCAUAAGUAAUGUGUAUUACGAUAGAACUGGUAAUACAAUCACUGAAGACAACAGAGAUCUCAUUUGGUCUGUGGCUGUCUCCAUCUUUGCCAUUGGAGGAAUGGUUGGCGGUAUAAUGGGCGGAGGCAUCGCCAACAAGUUUGGGCGGAAGGGCGGCCUGCUGUUGAACAACAUUAUGGGAAUAGCGGGUGCAGCUCUGAUGUGCUUCAGUAAAUCUUGCGGCAGUUUUGAAAUGCUCAUCUUGGGAAGGCUUGCCAUAGGGUUCAACUGCGGUUUGAGUACAGCUCUUGUGCCUAUGUAUCUUUCAGAAAUUUCACCCGUCGGUUUAAGAGGAGGACUCGGUACUCUGAAUCAGUUGGGCAUAACAGUGGGUCUUCUCCUGUCCAUGGUGCUCGGUAUCAAUGAAAUUCUUGGUACAGAAGAGAAAUGGCCUUACCUCUUCGGUGUGGCUGUGAUUCCGGCCGCCCUGCAGUUACUACUCCUGCCCAUCUGCCCAGAAAGCCCCCGUUAUUUGCUCAUCACAAAACAGCAGGAAUACUCUGCAAGAGAAUCGUUGGAGAGACUCCGUUGUACAGUACAGGUAGAUGACGAUCUAGAAGAGAUGAGAGCCGAGGAACGAGCUCAAGAACAAGAAGCUCAAAUGACAGUGUGUCAAGUCAUUCGCAACAAGAAUCUACAGCUUCCGUUGCUUAUAGGAGUUGUGAUGCAACUUUCACAACAGCUCACUGGAAUCAACGCUGUAUUUUACUACUCGACGAGUCUGUUCAUAUCUUCGGGGCUGACAGAGUCUGUCUCCCAUUAUGCCACCAUGGGCGUGGGUGUGAUCAUGGUUGUGAUGACCCUGGUCUCCAUUCCCCUCAUGGACAGGGCGGGAAGAAGGACCCUCCACCUCUACGGCCUAGGGGGCAUGUUCAUCUGCAGCAUAUUUGUCACCAUAUCUUUGCUUGUUAAGUUGCUUUACUCUUGGGUGACGUAUCUGAGCGUUGUCAGCACAUUAUCUUUCGUUGUUUUCUUUGCUAUUGGACCAGGUUCGAUCCCGUGGAUGAUCACGGCCGAGCUCUUUUCUCAUGGUCCUAGACCGGCAGCUAUGAGUGUGGCUGUUUUCGUCAACUGGUUUGCGAAUUUCUUAGUUGGUUUAAUCUUUCCUCAGAUGCAGCGGGUGUUUGAAAACUAUUCCUUUUUGCCGUUCACUGUCCUGCUGGCCAUUUUCUGGACCUUCACCUACAAGAAGGUACCAGAGACCAAGAACAGGACGUUCGAAGAAAUUGCUGCCUUAUUCCGGAGGGAGGAGGUGGUCAACGUCAACGGUCUCACCUCAUCCGCGGUGAUCCAUCCACCAAGGAAACCCCCUCCACAGGUCGACCUGGUGGUCGGCGAGGAAAAGAACCUGGAGACCUGUAAGACAAAGUUCUAAAAUACCCACAACGCAUCUGCAUGUUCCUUUUUAUACUAAAUGGCUUUUCGCAUGACAAAUAUCUGUUUAGCAACCUUUGUUCUCCUUUCAAGAUAGGUGUUAAAAUGUUUACUGUCUGUUUGAUUAAGAAAUAAGUUGAACUUGAUUCAUAGUGUGGAAAUUUCGAUCAUAUUUAUAAUUAAAACUAUGCACUGCAUGAAUAAUGACUAUUUGAAAAUUAUCACUAUAGAACCUUGAUAUCGAAAUUCUUGCAGAUAUCGUUUUUUAGCAUAUCACGUUAAUUGGCCCUCGUUAAGCAGUUAUAUUAUAUUACUAUCAAACCUUUAUAUCAAAAAGCUAAACUGUCAAGUUUUGGUAUUAAAUUAUUUACCGCUUAUUUAUUCUUUUAAAAAUAUUCCAUUUUGAAUUCGAUUUCAGUCAAAAUGAUAAGACAUUUAAUUUUAGGAUUUUUAUUUAUUAUGUAGCGAAUUUUGGAGAUAAAAUGUUCAGAGCUAAAUAAAUGUUGUGAAAAGAAAGUGUUCUAAAAAGUAUUCUAAAAAUGUAUUCUAAAAUAUGACUCUAAAAAGUAGAGUCAUGAAACAUAAGAAUAACUACUAUUAAAUGUGUAUGUAUAAUAGUUUACUAAAAGUUAAAAUACAACAAUAAAAAUUUUAUUUUAAAAUAAAGACGAAAAUAAUUAUGUAUUAAACAGAAAAGAAUUGGUUCACAAUAAACUAACUUCGUGAUUUUUCCGAAAAACUGCUAUUAUAAAAAAAAAUUGACAAAAAUUAAGAUUAUUGCUCUGAACCAAAAUAAUAGUUUUGUAUUAGUCAUUCAUACUGUUUAAUAAAAGUAAACCUUUUUUUUACAAUAACAUUUCAGAUUACGUUUUUAUGUUUCUUUUUUUUUCCUUACGUCAAUGUUAAAUUUUCCAUCAUACAAACUUACAUACAUACAUUUUUUAAUAUUCGACAGUAGUAUUGAAGCAAUUAGAAUAUUGUUGAAGUAAUUAAGAAAUUUUUGAAGUAAUACAGUAUUGAAGUAGUUAAGAAGUUGUUAAAGUAAUAUGCAUUGAAGUAAUUAAGAAAUUAUGGAAGUAAUGCAGGAUUGAAAUAAUUAAAAAGUUGUUUAAGUAAAAAUAUUGAAUUUAUUAAGAUGUUAAAGUGAAAUAAUUAUUUUUCAAAGGAAUUUUUCUUAAAAUUUAACAAGCUUUUAGGGGAUUUGUCUUUUUGUCGCGAGAGUUACUUUUCGGGUAUAUCGUGUCUAAAACUGGGUUUAAAACAAAGUCAAUCACUUGAUUAAAGUUAGCUAAGAUCAAAACAACCCUAAAACCGUAGUGUCAUGUCAGUAAAACUAAAAUUAUUACAAAAGCUUGAAGAGUGCUAAAUAACUAAUAGUUACCUUUGAAGCUAAUAAAAAAUUAAAUAUUCUUGAACUAAAUUUUUAUUUCUGAGUUAGAAGACAUUUUUAACAGCUUUGAAGCGAUCUGAGGAACUAUUUUUGUGUUUAACAAGCUUUAGAGUUAAUUGAUGUUCGCAGUUCGCGUUUUCAUGUAGAAGUUUUAAUAAAUAUUUUUCUUUUAUUUAUAUAAUUACUUAAUUUUACACAUAUAAUUUUCAUCUAUUUUUUGGCACAAAUUGCCUUAAACAUAUCUUGAUGCACCUUUCAUUAUUUAUAGAGUUAAUUUAUUGUGAAGGAAAUUGAUCUAAAAUUUUGAUUUUACUAUCGAAAAAAGCAUACAUUUCUUUUUUAAAACAAAUCUAUCGAAUGUGUGAAAAUCAAUUAUACAAAGUUUUCUACACGGAUAUUUUUUAUAUUGUUUUUAAUAUUUUGAUAGUUAUCUGACAUUUUGUUAUUUAAGUGUGCAUUUUGUAUGAUUUUCAUUUUUUAUCAUUAAUUAUUUAAGGAUGUGAAUAAAUGUAUAUUUUUAUAUUUUA